AUGGGUACGACGCAAUCCAAGACGGCAGGCGAGCCCGUAAUCAUUUAUAACCAGAACGUUCCUUUGCAGUUCUCGCAAGGCCUUGUCGAUUCGUUGGAAUCCCGAAAAAAGUCAAGCGAAAGCAGUGCUCGAUCGGAAGACGUAGAGGAACAGGUUCGCAAGCGCGUUGCUGAAGAAUUGGGACGCGCAAAGUCUCAGCAGAACGACGUAAACGAGCAGUCGUACAGCGAACUUGCAAAGAGCAACAUUGAAAAGGAUCACAACUCGGUUGCCAUGGGAACCGAUAUUGAAAACAUGAUUCAGCGUAUCCAGAGAUCAUCACCCAAGGAUGCCCCAGCCGAAAUUGUUGAGCGCCAGGAAGCUGUAGUAGCAUGUUACAAGUAUUUGUCAUCUCAAUAUUGUAUCUUUAUGUUCCUGGAUGUGUUUCGAUAUCUGUACUAA